UUAUUUGCUCCGCACUGGACCAAGAUCCAAUGAACUUGAGUGAAAGUCCUUGAACCAAAGUUAAUGUUUGCUCUGCAUGUACAUUUAUACCUAUUAGCAUUGUGUCUAACUGUCCAGUGUUGAGAUGGAGAUGAGUGGCCUCCUGAGUGUUCUGCUGGUCACAUCAGCAGCCUUGCUGUUUAUAGCUAACGGACAGAGCAACUAUGAUAUGUUGACGGAGGUUGACAAGAAACAUGUUGACAUGGCUAUAAGAUAUGCAAAUAAGAAUAGUGAGAUUCAGAAAUAUAAUCCAAAAGAGCACCUCAAUUUUUUACAAGUUAUUGGACAAUCUGAGAUCAAUGCUCGGGAAUUUAACAUCAACUUGUUGUUGAAAGCAACAAACUGCCCUAAGGCCAGUAGUGAUAGUGAACAUCGCCCUGAAUGUAGCUUUAAAUCCAGAAGGCCUUAUAUAAACUGUGUUGUUUGCAGCAAAGACUUCCAUGACAGCACUGACCCCUACAUUGACUGUGUUCUCCACAAAGAUGUGAAGAAGCAAGAUGAUGUCCGAUAUGACAAGUGUUCAUCUCUUCUUCAUGGAGGGCUUACAACUUUAGCCUUACAUGCCGAAGAAGACCUUCAGACUGGAUGCCUCGGCUGUUUCUGAUAACUAAUGAAAGAACGUGUCCAGAACGGAUGGUCAGAGGCCGUCCUUUAUAAAGCACUUCUGUCUUUGGAUUUAUAAUGUAGCCUUUUGGGAGCUUCGGUUGGAAUUGAACACAAUGCAAUUGUCUCAAAAUUACUCUUCCCCAGUUUUGAAUCUCUCGUAAUACACAAAUAAAUAUUGUAAAAACGUACCCUUCUUUUCUGAUUCUCCACAUAUAUUCAAAGAAAUUGAGAGCAGUCUGCUACUUAAGAUUCACAUGGAUUACCCCGCUGCUUAUUUCAAAAUAAUAUUACUGUUGAAAGUAAAGCUUACUCUAACUUAACCAGUAUGAGGGGUGAGAAAUGAAAUAAGGAUGUUAUUGGUUUCUUUUUUUCUGAAUCUUAAAAUUUGUUUUACAAUUUUGGGAAGAAAAUUGUCUGUAUGUCUGCAUAUGUCUUGCAGUGUAAAAUGAUUGCAGCUCUGUUUCUACUUCUCUCAGGGCAGAGUGCCCACAGUCUUAUCUCUGGGCAGCCAGGUCUGCCUGUGACCGCAGAUCACUACUAGAUUUUUAUAGGUAACAUAAUGAACUUAGGUCUGGUCCCUAUGGCCAGGCUGUGUUCACGGAGUCUGCACAUUGUCAAUUCAGAAUUUUCCUUAGUCACUGUGAACAUAUGUCUGUAGACCAAACAGCAUUAAAGUUUGCUGUGGGUUUUGUCUUUCUAAAAGGUGAUAUUUUUUAUUUUAGAUUCGAUGACGGUUUGGUUGGUUAACAACAACCGGAACUUGGCUUAGAUUGUUGUCGGACUUUAAUCAAAUAUUAUUUUAAGGGGUGGAUCAGCUGUAUUGCAGAAAUAAAUUCAUUGCAAAUCCUACAAUGUGAUUUUCUGGA